AUGCCAAAUUCACAAAUUAUUGAUGAAUCUAUUCAUCCUGACAGUCAUCACAAAGACUUGAAGCGUAUCGUUGCCAUUAGUAUUGAUGAAGGAUCUGCUGAAUAUGUCUAUGAUUGGGCUGUCAAUAACUUUAUUAACCCUGCUUCUGAUCUGGUCGUCUUUUUGAACUGUCGACAAGUGGAUGCCCCUAUCGCCCCAUACAUUAAUCCCACGAAUUUCAUUGAGGAGUUUGAUGAUAAGAAAAAGAUCAAGAGCCAUCAUCUCCUGAAGACCUAUGCCGAUAAAUUAAAGCCAUUCAAUAUUGCCAUCAGAGCGAUCGCGCUGCUUGGUGAUCCCAAGGUGGAGAUUAUUCGAAAGGUAACCGAAUUGAAGGCUGAUGUGCUGCUUCUUGGAUCGCGUCAAUUGGGUUCUGUCAAGAGAGCUCUUUUGGGUAGUGUGAGUGAUUACUGUGGCCAUAACAGUCCAUGCACUGUCAUCAUUGUCAAAGCCCACCCUGAGCAUCCUCAAGGAAAGCACGAAUACAAGAGCAUCUUUCAAAGAAAAUCUGUCUGA